CCCCCAAAAAAAAAAAGGAAAAGGACUCCUCUUUCCUCUUAAACUCCACUCAAUCUCUCUCCAAAUCAUUUACACAAUCACAGUUACUUGCUCUUCUCUCUUUAGCCGACUUUGAAGUCUAAUGGGUACUUGUGAAAAUUGAAAUUUGCAAUUUCUAAAGAGAAUCACAGUCAGAUUUUUAUUUUUUCUUAUCUGGGUAAUUUUGGUAUGUUUUUUUAAAAACUAGUAGUGACUUCUGCUUUAUACCUGGUACACUGUCACAAAGAGCUGCCCUUUUUUUUUUUCGUCUAGCUGUAGUUUCUUUCUUUUGCCACCAUUUCCUUUUUGUUCAUGGUCUCUCAUUUUAUCACUUGUUGCCUUCACCCUUGAGAUGGAGAAAAGGCUUCUCCUUUUACUUCUUUUAUUCCCUCUGCUUCUUCUUUUGGAUUCCUGCUCUGCCCAGGUGCAAGGUUUUGUCAGUUUGAACUGUGGGGGUAAUGGAAAAGUCAUGGAUGAACUUGGCCUCCAGUGGAUUGCUGAUGAUUUUCUUACUUAUGGAGAAAUAGCUAGCAUAUCUGUUUUAAAUGAGUCAAGGAAGCAGUAUAUGACACUUAGGCAUUUUCCUGCCGAUUCAAGGAAGUACUGUUACAAGCUCAAUGUUAUAAGUAGAACUAGGUAUCUUGUGAGGGCAACUUUCUUGUAUGGUAAUUUUGACAACAAUAAUGUUUAUCCAAAAUUUGACAUUUCCCUUGGGGCUACUCAUUGGUCUACAAUUGUCAUAUCGGAUGCUAAUACUAUAGAGAAGGUGGAACUAAUAUUUCUCGCCACUAGCCCUACCAUCAGCGUCUGUUUAUCCAAUGCUACAACUGGAAAGCCAUUCAUAUCGACACUAGAGCUCCGACAAUUCAAUGGUUCAAUUUAUUACACACCAUUUGAAGAAAGUUUUUAUCUCAGUGUCUCCGCAAGAAUCAACUUUGGUGCUGAUAGUGAAGCUCCAGUUAGGUACCCUGAUGAUCCGUUUGAUAGAAUAUGGGAGUCAGACUCUGUGAAGAAAGCAAAUUACCUUGUUGAUGUUGCUGCUGGCACUGAGAAAGUAUCAACAGAUAAGCCAAUUGAAAUUGGCGGUGAUGAAAGAGCACCUCAAAAAGUGAUGCAGACUGCUGUAGUUGGUACAAAUGGAUCUUUAACUUAUCGCUUGAACUUGGAUGGUUUUCCUGGUAAUGGCUGGGCAUUCACAUACUUUGCGGAAAUUGAAGAUUUGGCUCCAGACGAAUCCAGAAAAUUCAGGCUAGUGCUACCAGGCCAGCCUGAUUUGAGCAAAGCUAUUGUUAAUAUCCAGGAAAAUGCUCAAGGAAAAUAUCGUGUUUAUGAACCAGGAUAUCCUAACAUAACCCUCCCCUUUGUAUUAUCAUUUAGAUUUGGGAAGACAUCUGAUUCUUCCAGGGGGCCACUUUUGAAUGCUAUGGAGAUUAGCAGGUAUCUGGAGAAAAAUGACGGUUCCCUGGAUGGAGCAGUUAUGGCUAACAUGGUUGAACUCUACUCAUCAGUAGGCUGGGCACAAGAAGGUGGUGACCCAUGCUUGCCUGUUCCAUGGUCAUGGGUGGAGUGUAACUCAGAUUUACAGCCACGAAUAGUUUCUGUCCAUUUAUCCAGCAAGAAUUUGACAGGGAAUAUUCCUUCAGACUUGACAAAGUUGAGCAGUUUGGUUGAGUUAUGGCUUGAUGGCAAUUCCCUAGCUGGUCCAAUACCAGAUUUUACUGGAUGUGUGGACCUAAAGAUCAUUCAUCUUGAAAAUAAUCGCUUAACGGGUGAGCUACCUUCGUCUUUAGUGAACCUACCAAACUUGAAGGAACUGUCUGUGCAGAAUAAUAUGCUAUCGGGAAGAGUACCAUCAGGCCUUCUGAAUAAGGACUUGGUUUUGAAUUAUGCUGGAAACAUUAAUCUUCAUGAGGGGGGUGGAAGAGGGAGACACCUUAGUAUUAUUAUUGGUUCAUCAGUUGGAGCUGCUGUUCUGCUCAUAGCUACAAUUUUGUCUUGUCUUAUUUUGCGCAAGGGGAAGAAACAACGUGAACAAGAACAAUUUCAUCAUUCCUUGCCUAUUCAAAGUCAAAGAAUGGCCUUGAGUAAUGCUCCUGCAGAAGCUGCACAUUGCUUUACAUUAGCUGAGAUUGAAGAUGCUACAAACAAUUUUGAGAAGAAAAUUGGUUCUGGAGGCUUUGGAGUUGUAUACUAUGGAAAAAUGAAAGAUGGGAAGGAAAUUGCGGUAAAAGUUCUCAUUAGUAAUUCCUUCCAAGGAAAGAGGGAAUUUACAAAUGAGGUGACUCUUCUUUCAAGGAUACAUCAUAGGAACCUGGUUCAGUUUCUUGGAUAUUGUCAAGAAGAUGGGAGAAGUAUGCUCGUUUAUGAGUUCAUGCACAAUGGAACACUCAAGGAACGUCUGUAUGGGCCUUUAACACAGGAACAUGGCAUCAAUUGGAUAAAACGCCUUGAGAUUGCUGAAGAUGCUGCAAAAGGUAUCGAAUACCUUCACACAGGCUGUGUCCCGGCCAUUAUCCAUAGGGAUUUAAAAACUAGCAAUAUUCUUCUUGACAAGCACAUGAGGGCAAAGGUUUCAGAUUUUGGGCUUUCAAAACUUGCAGUAGAUGGAGUAUCGCAUGUGUCAAGCAUAGUUCGGGGAACUGUUGGAUAUCUUGAUCCUGAGUAUUAUAUCUCCCAGCAGUUAACAGACAAAAGUGAUGUCUAUAGCUUUGGUGUCAUUCUUCUAGAACUGAUGUCUGGUCACGAAGCCAUAUCUAAUGAAAGUUUUGGUGUCAAUUGCCGUAAUAUUGUCCAAUGGGCAAAGUUGCAUAUCGAGAGUGGAAACAUUCAAGGAAUUAUUGAUCCUUCCCUAUACAAUGAAUAUGACAUACAAUCAAUGUGGAAAAUAGCAGAGAAGGCUUUAAACUGUGUGCAACCUCAUGGACAUAUGCGGCCAUCAAUAUCGGAAGUUCUCAAGGAGAUCCAAGAUGCUAUCUUAAUUGAGAAGGAAGGCAUCAUUGUGAGAGAAGGUAACUCAGAUGACAUGUCUAGAAACUCCGCCAAUUCUUCCCUGAACCCUGGUUCCUUGGAUUUGGUUGCUACGGAUAAUUAUCUGUCCUUGGAUGCGUCCAUUGCACGGCCAGUAGCACGAUAGUCUUUUGUUUGUCCAUGUACAAAGAGACAAUCCCUUCCGUCCUGUUUUGUUUUCCGUUCCUCAUAUUGUUUGUUAAAGGUGCUGGAAUUUUCAAUCAUGCUCUAGGUUUGAGAAACUACUUCUGCAACCCACCCCGAAAAAAAAAGGAGGAAAGGUAAAAACAGAAAUGAAAAUGGAAAGAUGAUCCCAUAGACAGCAUAGCUCCAAUUCUUGAGCUUGUAAAUUUUGAGGUUGUUGCAUGUAACUUUAUUUCCUUUUGAGUUUCUGUCCUUUCUUGCACAAAAUCCUUGUUCUAUACAGGCAAAAAAAAUGAAACAAAACUAUUAUAAAUGCUUCAAUACUGGUGAUGGAAUACAUUUUCCAUUGGAAUGAACAUGGUUUUCUGUACUGUUGUGUUA